UUUACAUCUUGAUCAGUUCUUAUCGUUUAAAGCGAUGGACAAGUUGUUUGGUUAUGCUGGUUGUAUCAUGGACAAAAUUCUCUAUACGUUUGUGAAGCAUACAUUAUUUACAGAGGAAAAGUCUAAGUGUAUUAAGUGCCAUGAAAAACGUUUAAAGGAUGCAUCUGAAAUACGAAAAUUGGUACAAAGUGGAGAGAUAGGGCCAGCUUCCCAUAUCAGGGUUCACAGACCUCGCUCUCUUCGUAUUCUGUGGUGGACAUUUGACUAUAGCUACAAUCAUCACUUUUUGGUGACAGAUGCAACAGAAAACAAAUUGACAAUUGUUCACUAUGCUCCAAAAAGGAUUUCUAUGAUAAUUCUUUUAAAAGGAGUUGCCGAGAUUAUUCAGGAAUCGGUAGAAGUUACGAGCAGUGAUGAAACUUUAGACUUUAGUUCCGGUGUUUAUCAUAUAACAUCUGACUCUUACCCCAAGACAGAGGAAGAAAAAUCCGAGGCAGUGAAACGAGCAAAAAGACGCCUAGGGGAGAGGCAGUACUCAGUGUUUCACAAUAACUGUGACAGUUUUGUGUCGUGGACACUAGUGGGUAAUUCGUACUCACAUCAGGCAAUGAAUGCCAAGGGACUUCUGUUUUGUAUUGGAAUCUGUGCACGGUUUUGCAUUAGGGUUUAUAAGACUUUGGAAGUAGUCAAAAAUGCCAUAAAAAGACUCUCUAAUUUUUUUGGUGAAUAGUCCUUUGGAUUUAUUCAUUGAACUAUUGUUGAAAUAUAAUUUUAUUGUGAUCAUAUUUAUU